UAUUCGGUGAUAAGAAAUUAAAAUCCAAAUUGGGACUAGUAGGAGCAAUCUAGGGUUAGGGUUUAAAAUCGAAUUAGUACAAAGCUUCCAAAUUUGGGGUUGGGAGUGAUUGAUUCUUUGGGGUUUUUCACUAUAAAGCUCUGAACUUUGCGUUGUGUAGUGAAUCGGACGGCUCAGAAGCUCGCUCUGAGGUUUUUUGGUUUCUUAUUGGGCGUGAGAUUGUGAUUCUCUCUCUGGGCUUUAGCGCCCUGAGGCACCGUUGAAAUCCAUGAUCAUCAGCGUCUCAUGGAUCCGUCUACAGUGCCAACCACUCCUCCAGUUGAAGAAGAAGAUGAGUGGGACACUGAUGGAUUCGUGAUUCCAAGCUUGGAAAUAGGAGACUUAGAUCGGAGUAAAACUGAUGUUUCAGAAGUAGAAGCCUCAAAACCUCCUUCUCCAAAGGCCAAAAAAGAAGAGAAUAUCUACCUAGGUCCACACGGAGCACCUCCUUCGCAGUCAAAGCAGCAAGAGCCAAAUUCUGCUGGUCGUAAGCAGCGGUUCAAGCAAAAAUUGAAGGAAGCAGAUGAGAGGACCAGUGGGACAGGUCGGGAGAAUAAGUUAGAGAGUCUCAGAGAACUUGUGGGUGGUGGCAAAGCCACCGGCAACAUGACAAAGGGCUCUACCAGGGAUUGGCUGGACCCACAUUGUCAUGAGUCUCAGUUUGAGAAGUGGAAUCCCCAGUGAGUGGAAUAUUUGAGAGCUUUUUAAACUUGGUACACAGGGUUAUCUUUGGAGACUGAAUUUAUAUAAGGUUAUGUAUUUUGACAAUAAAUUUUCAACUAGGCCUUUGAGAUUUGCGUUUGCUGCAAAAGAUUCUUUCGGUAGCAUUUCCGA